AUUGCUAUAUAUAUAUAGGUAAUAUCCAAAUUAAUAAAAAGAAAAAGUAUCAUAAUUGAGUGUAGAUUUUGAAUUAUGGAAUUGGGAGAUUUGGUUGAAUAUCUUGAGAACAAGACCAUUUUAAUCACUGGAGGAGCUGGCUUCGUUGCCAAAAUGUUUGUGGAGAAAAUUCUAAGGACUCAGCCAAAUGUGAAGAAGCUCUAUGUUCUUUUAAGACCUUCACAAUGCAACUCACCACCCCAACGUUUCCAAACUCAGGUGAUGGAGAAGGAAUUGUUUAGGUUACUAAGGGCAAAAUGGGGAAAGGAGUUUGAUUCAUUUAUAUGGGAAAGAGUGGAAGCUGUGGGUGGUGACAUUAGUGAUGAAAACUUAGGCAUAAAAGAUGCCAUUUUGAGAGACCAUAUGUUCAAACAUAUUGACUUUAUUGUCAAUUGUGCUGCAACAACUGAUUUCUUUGAGAGGUAUGAUGUAGCCCUUGCGACUAAUACAAUAGGUAUUUAUAAUAUUUUGAACUUUGCAAAGAAGUGUUUGAAAUUAAAGAAGCUACUCCAUUUGUCAACUGCUUAUGUGUGCGGUGAAAAAGAGGGAAUAAUAUCAGAGAAAGCAUUCGAAUUUGGUGAAACGCUAACAAAAACCUUCACCAAACUUGAUUUUAAAAUAGAAAAAGAAUUGGUCGCACAUCAAUUGUCUCAACUUCGAGAAACUAAAACUUCGGAAGCAGCCAUUAAUGCCAAUAUGAGAGAGCUUGGAACUGAAAGGGCAAAACAUUUUGGAUGGCCAAAUACAUAUGUAUUUACAAAAGCAAUGGGAGAAAUGUGUGUAGAACAAUUCAAAGAUGAUGUCCCCACUAUCAUCUUACGUCCCACAAUGAUUGUAAGCACUUAUAAAGAACCAUUUCCGGGUUGGAUUGAAGGUCUCAGAACAAUGGAUACCUUAAUUGUUGGCAUUGGAAAGGGAAAAUUGCCAUUCUUCUUGGGUAUACCUAAUGUCGCACUUGACUUGAUACCAGGUGAUAUGGUAGUAAAUGCAAUGAUUUUAUCGAUGGUAUUUGGUGAGGGUGGAAUGAUUUACCAUGUUGGAAGCUCCAUCAAAAAUCCUGUUUAUAUUUCUGAAAUUCGUAAUUACAUUCAUCGUUAUUUCAUUGAAAAUCCGCUCUUUGAUCAUAAAAAAGAAAACCCCAUCACAGUACAUAAAAUUAUACUUCUUCAACAUAUUUCUACUCUAAAUAUUUACAUCGCCAUUCGAUACCUCCUACCUUUGAAGAUACUGGAAAUGGUGGUAAGCUUACCAUAUUUGAGAUGUUACAAAGAUGUUUAUGCCAAAAACAUGAGGAAACUUCAAACCAUAAUGCGUUUCAUACAAAUUUACAAGCCAUAUGUCUUAUUCAACAUGAUAUUUGACGACACAAAUUGUGAAGGGCUAAGAGAAAAUAAAGUAAAAGGGAGUAGGAAUUUGGAGCUAAUGGAAACAUUCAAUUUUGAUCCCAACUCCAUUGAUUGGGAAGACUAUAUUAUCAAUACUCACAUUCCUGGCCUCAUAAAAUAUGUUAUUAUUUAACUUGUAUAAAUUUAUGCCAAGUUAAUUUCUUAUAUAUAGGUACACUGUAAUGUAAAAUUUUGCAUUUACAUCAAUUUUUAGUAUUGUGUGCCAUACACAAUUGCAAAAUUAGAUGCAAAAUUUAGUAUUUUUAAUAAAAUGUAAAAAAAAAACAAUAAAUCUAUUAUUAAUUUUAUUACU